AGCUUAAAUACUGCCCGUAAUGUUCGCGUUUACAAAAGCAAUAUCGCAUUAUCAAUAUGUUUUCAGAGAAUCUUGUUCGUAAAUCACUAAGAAAAAACUCUAAGCGCACGAGAAAAUUGACGGGAUCAAGUUUUGCGUUGGCCAAAAAAACAGGUGCAGCUCUUACUGGCUACGAGCGUUCACGAAUUAUUGAAUUCUCUAUGGUCACGAGAGAACAAAUGAUUCUGUUAGAGAAGAAAUUACACACUGAACGUUUGAAGAAAUGGCUUCUUGUGGGGAUUGCUGCUCUCUUUAUUCUUUUAUCCAUGCUCAAAGGUUACCGGGACCGGGUCAUUCCAAACGAAACUUUUGCAAUCGUUGCACUUUACUAAAAAACUCUUUAUGACGUUGAAACCAAACCCUUUAAACCAUGAAACAAACGGCACAAACACUCUGUCACUUUAUAAAAAAAACACGGAUAACAAUGUUACUAUCUUAGACUGUCGAUGUCUUAAGCCGUAACAUAUCCGAAUUUCUCUAUGGUAAACCUGAACCUUACUACACUUCUUACUUUCAUCACACUCUCCCAUUCGCUCUACAAACAAAAGUAAUAACAUGUACUACACAAUUGCCGGCCGUAAAGUGGCAUCUCACCAUUUGAGCAUGUUUGUUUUGGGAACAGCAUUUCUCGGUCCCAUUGUGUACAAAAAAGUAUUUGGAAGCAGCACAAACAACAUGGCAAAUAAUGGCGUUCCUGAAUUCGACGCUGCGAGCGAAGAAGAGAAACAAUUCGUUUUAAAAUAUCUAAAGGACAAAUUAUAAAGGGCUGUUGUCUCCGUUUCGAGUUAAAUGACUUUAUGAGUGCUAUGAAUUCUAGUGCCGAUUACGAGAAUGUGUUUUUUAUGUAAACUGGAUAACAGAACAACAAAAAGAAUGUAAGAUGCAGCAUGAGGAAUCUCGGUUGUAUUAUUUUUGCGGAUGCAGGAUGUUAGUUGACGGCUUCCAAAUGUGAAGUUCAUUAUCCUGCGACACUGAUGCAACAAGAUCAGGUUCGUGCAAGCUGACGCUCAAAUCGGAAACUUCAGCUUUGUGACCUGCAUGGACAAAUUGCAGUGGUUGUUCUUCCAGCGAGAAAUUCCACACAGAACAAAUGCUCUGACAUGCCGAAUACAGUCUGUUACUGUCGAAAGCGGACCACGCCAAACUAGUAGCGCCAAGUGGGUACGUUAUUUGACUUGGCAGGGAAUCCACAGGUCCCAACGAUGCGGCAUCCAUGCACACUACACGCAAUGGCCGACUUGUGUCGCGAUAGUCAUACAGAGAAAUGCACCGUUCAGUACCAAUUGCAAUCACAGUUGCCUGAACAGGAUGGUGCGCAACUGCAUAAGGAAGACCAUCACGAACUGAGUCUGUAAACGUAAUCUUCCCAACAGUCUGACUCUCUGUCCGUGUGUCACAAAUAGAACAGUCACCAUCAUCACUCGCCGUAGCAUACACAUUUACAUGUUGUGGAUGAUACUCGACAUCAUUAACAGCAGCUUUGUGUUUGGAGAAAACGCGUACAGGUGAAACAGAGUGCGAAGAACGAGUAUAAUUUUCCAUGUCCCACUCACAAACCUUUCCGUCAUUCGCUGCUGUAAGAAGAAGUCCUUCCCGUAACCGAUUCCAUGCUAAUCCAUAUCCCUCUUCAGUGUGUCCGUUCAGGAAGUGGAUAUUUGGCGAGCACUCGCUCCCUGGAACAAGCGUGUGUUUCGUUCGGUCAAAAACAAAUGUUUCUCCGCCAGAACUCAUAGUAGCAAUGAUGUCUGGAUUCUGGGGCAUGUACCGAGCCCUGUUUACAUCGCCUUGAUGACGCAUCUGCUGGGUAGGAUGAAAGCGACAAACCUGUUCCGUGCGAUAUCCUCCCAAUUCACCAGCGUCUUCAUCGUAAUGUUUGCUAGGAUCCAACGUCAUGGAAGAGAUAUCUGUGAGCUCGAAAUUAGCCAAAUCGACAUGAUUUUUCACGUCUGGAGGGGUGUGUGUCCCGUAAAGUAAACGUUGACGAAGACAGUUCUUUUGUGGCAGCCGCUCAAUGUCCGGAAACCAUUGCACAGUAAGCGAGGGCCAUGGAAGUACAUGAGUAGCGAGUAGAUCGUAGAGAAACCUUGCGUUUUUUUUCCAGCGAGCAUGAAAAUAUGACUGUUCUGUCGACAAAGAAUUCACAAACUCAGAAUGAGGUUCCGAGGUGACAAUUUCUGAGUUAGAAACGCUUAAGCCCGCUGCGGAAUCCAUUAAAUGCUGUGAAAAAGAAUUGUUUGCGGUAUUGUUUGGAUUAGAUUAUUGAGGGAAAAAUUAUAAUAACAGAACAAAAGUGCAAGCAAACACACCACAAAGACUUACAACUCGUCGUCGAUUACUAUUACAACUUACGGGAAGGUCGAUGAGAGCGCUUCUUAUUGUCAAUCUUCACCUGUGCAUGCCAGCGUUGAUCUGUUUUGUGUGUUGUCUUGGCGUGCAGUAUACACACAGGACCACACAAGGAGAAAAGGUUCACACAAGGGAAAACAGUGUUAGGAGGUUAUGUGACACAAGAUAACAAAAUGAAUGCCAUGCUUCAAAAUGAUUAUGUUCCGGAAAU